AUGACUCUUUCACCUUCCGACAUUUCCUUUCACCUCCUUCUCUUCCUCAUCCUCAUCCUCCACCAUCUCCCACCGUCCUCCGCUGCCGGCGGCCACUGGUCCCUCCUCCUCCCAGCCAUCGGCAUCACCGCCAUGCACAUGCAGCUCCUCCCUAACGACCGUCUCGUAAUCUUUGAUCGCACAGACUUUGGCGCCUCAAACAUCUCCCUUGCCGACGGCAAAUGCCGCACGGAUCAAAACGACAUGGCUUUGAAACUCGACUGCACCGCCCACUCCGUCGAGUACGACGUCUCCGCCAACUCCAUCCGCCCCCUCACUGUUCUCACCGACGUUUGGUGUUCUGCAGGAUCUCUAGCUCCGGACGGCAGCUUAGUCCAGACCGGCGGAUUCAAUGACGGUGAUCAUGUCGUUCGAGUUUAUAGAUCUUGUGAUAAAUGCGAUUGGCAAGAGAUCCCAUUCGGGUUGAUUCAAAGAAGAUGGUAUGCUACAAGUCAUAUACUGCCGGACGGCCGCCAGAUAAUUAUCGGCGGCCGGCGGCAGUUUAACUACGAAUUCUACCCGAAAAGAUCAUCGUCAGAGAAAGCUCGAAGCUUGCCAUUUCUAGUUCAAACAUAUGAUCAACAAAUCGAGAAUAAUCUAUACCCAUUUGUAUUUCUUCAUACCGAUGGCAAUUUAUUCAUCUUUGCGAACAAUCGAGCCAUUUUAUUUGACUACUCGAUGAACCAAGUUCUCAAAACGUACCCGCAAGUACCCGGUGGCGACCCACGGAAUUACCCGAGCACCGGAUCUGCGGUACUACUUCCAUUGCGGAUAGUACAAGGGAUUGUAGCUGUGGUUGAAGUUAUGGUCUGUGGGGGUGCACCCAAAGGAGCCCAUCUUAACGCUAAAAACGGGAAAUUUGAUGGAGCUUUGAACACUUGCGGUCGGAUUAAAAUAUCCGACCCGAAUCCUGAAUGGGUCAUGGAGUCCAUGCCCAUGGGUCGGGUAAUGGGUGACAUGUUGUUGCUUCCGAACGGUGAUGUACUGUUGAUCAACGGUGGGUCAAGUGGGACCGCCGGGUGGGAAAAUGGGAGAGAUCCGGUUCUUGAACCCGUAAUUUACAAACUGAAUUACCCAAUCGGGUCUCGGUUCGAAGUGCAAAACCCGAGCACCGUACCACGAAUGUACCAUUCGACGGCGGUUUUGGUUCGAGACGGACGUGUUCUCGUUGGCGGUAGUAACCCUCAUGAAUGUUACAAUUUCACAAAUGUACUUUAUCCUACUGAAUUAAGUUUAGAGGCGUUUUCCCCUUCUUAUUUGGAUCCGACCGCAAAUGGACUUCGCCCAAAGAUACUUUCGACCAUGACCCGUAUCCAAUAUGGAAAAAAGGUCGUAAUACAGUUCACGGUCCAAGACCAGUUGGACCGGAACUCAGUCUCGGUGACGAUGGUGUCACCUUCGUUUAACACACACUCGUUUUCGAUGAAUCAAAGGUUGUUGGUUCUUGAGGGUAGCAAUGGCACCAAGGUUGUCGGAAGAUUGAAGUACGAAGUGGGUGUGACGGCGCCGCCUUCCGGCGAGAUAGCACCGACGGGAUAUUAUCUACUGUUUGUGGUACAUCAAGACAUACCAAGUGAAGGUGUUUGGAUUCACGUGGAGUGA